UGCAAUUAAUCGAUUUGACAGCACUGCUGGUAAAUUCAAGUUGUUUAAAUAAUUGUUGAAUAUAACUUAAAUGUUUGAAUGUCAAUGAGUGCAUUGCACAGUGAUAUUUUCAGUAUUAGCUAGUAACACAACAAGAACAAUGGAGAUUAUUUUAAGGACUAGAUUGUUAAAACGGCUUGCCAUACAGAGUGUGGUGCACCCCGAGAACGUGUUGCGUUGUGUUCUCAUAGAAACACAUUUUAGAUUGAGCUCUGUAUUGUGAAUGAAAGACCCUCCCUUGUUGCUGCGCCGCCUGUUUCUUCCACCCCGUCGUCUCAAGCGAUCUGCCUCAAUGGGAGCACAAUCGAUUCUGCGUUUGGAAAGCCGCUAAAAUUGCUGGAGGCGAGAUCUGAUGCUGAUGGUUUGUCUGUUUGUUCCGUCGUGGGGAAGCUUCAACACAAUAGAAACACUGGAGUUAUGAAGGCUCGACGGAUGAGUGGCGCUGUCCGUUCAGCACCAGCUCGCGCUCAAUGACAGCCUUACAAAAACCUGUCUGACACCCUCAACCCGAGCCGGGGGUCAGUUUAUUGGGUUAUUUGAAGGAAAACGCGUUCGCAUGUGUCCUUAAAAGUCAUUCAAGUGCAUAAAGGGGGUUUGGAUUCUCAUUGUUGACCUGACGGUGGCAUGGACACUUUUGACGCGCACCUGGCACGAUCGUAAACAUAUUUUGCACUCUUUGAAUUUUCUGGAUAUGGGUCCCAGUGGUAUGAUGACGGUCAGUGGGCAGGAGAUAUGACUAGAGAGGGACGCGAUGGGCCAAGGGGACGACAAGGAUCGCAUCGUGAUCAACGUCGGAGGAAUCAAGCACCAGACGUACCGGAGCACCCUGCGCACCCUGCCCGGCACUCGACUUUCCUGGCUGGCGGAGCCCGACGCGCCGACCAACUUCGAUUAUGAUGCGAACAUCGGAGAGUUUUUCUUCGACCGUCACCCGGGCGUUUUCGCCCACAUUCUCAACUAUUACCGCACUGGCAAGCUGCAUUGCCCGGCGGACGUGUGCGGACCCUUGUAUGAGGAGGAGCUGGCGUUUUGGGGGAUCGACGAGACGGAUGUGGAACCGUGUUGUUGGAUGACCUACCGGCAGCAUCGAGAGGCGGAGGAGGCUUUGGACAGCUUCGCCGGGGGUGCUCUCGACCUCGGUCAUGAAGACCCGGAGCCCGAGGCGGUCGUUGAGGCAGCCGAGGGGGAUGAGGGUGUUGAGAUGACCCGGAGACUGGCGCAAGGCGACUCGCCCGAUAACAGGUCCGGGCGCUGGAGCAGGUGGCAGAAGAAGGCGUGGGCGCUCUUUGAAGACCCGUAUUCCUCAAAAUACGCACGGUGGGUAGCAUUUGCAUCUUUGUUCUUCAUUUUGUUAUCCAUUACCACAUUCUGUUUGGAGACUCAUGAGGCCUUCAAUCCCAUCGUCAACCACACUUAUAUCUACACGGUCGGCAAUGAAACUCGGGAGCAAGUCAUCCUUGAGACGGAGACCAUGGUGCAGUUAACCUACGUUGAGGGUGUCUGCGUCGUGUGGUUCACUAUUGAGUUUCUGAUCCGAGUGACUACCUGUCCUAACAAAUUAAAGUUCGUCAGAAACACCCUCAACAUCAUUGACUUUGUGGCCAUCCUCCCCUUCUACCUUGAGGUGGGGCUGAGCGGACUCUCCUCCAAAGCAGCGAAAGACGUGUUGGGUUUCCUCCGUGUGGUGCGAUUCGUUCGAAUUCUCCGUAUCUUCAAGUUGACACGACACUUUGUGGGUUUGCGGGUACUGGGGCACACACUCCGCGCCAGUACCAAUGAAUUUAUCCUCCUCAUCAUUUUCCUGGCACUCGGAGUCUUGAUCUUUGCUACUAUGAUCUACUAUGCUGAACGUAUCGGAAGAAACCCCAAUGAUCCCGACGCUAGUAACGACACACACUUCAAGAACAUCCCCAUUGGAUUCUGGUGGGCUGUGGUAACAAUGACAACCCUCGGCUAUGGCGAUAUGUACCCUCAGACGACGUCUGGUAUGCUGGUGGGCGCGCUGUGCGCCCUCUCAGGUGUACUGACGAUUGCCAUGCCUGUACCUGUCAUUGUCAACAACUUCGGCAUGUACUACUCCCUAGCCAUGGCGAAACAAAAACUACCAAAGAAAAAAAACAAGCAUAUCCCACGGGCACCUCAACUGGGGUCUCCUAACUACUGCAAGUCAGCCAUUAACUCCCCACGACCCAGCACGCACAGCGAAGCAUGCCCCCUGGCACAGGAAGAGGUUUCCGAGAUCAGAUACCAAGAUUUUAAAGUGAACGGGGAGCCAUCUAAAGCUGCCCUGGCCAAUGAGGAUUGUCCUCACAUCGACCAGGCGGUGUCGCCAGAGGAAGUCUUCAGCCCCGUGGACCGUGAGAGACCCUGCUUCCUGCUCACUUCCGGAGGAGAACGGGCCAAUCACACUGGGGGGAGAGUCAGGAAGGGUUAUGAAAAGCCAUGGAGCCACAGCAGCAUGUCUGGAGGCGUGGCCUCAGUGUCGGCCCUGCCCUGCAGCCCGUCCUGUCUCAUGCAGCAGGUCCACUCUCCCAUCCCAUCCAUCCUGUAGCAUGGACAACAAAACUAACCAAUCAGAGGCCCUCGUUCCGCAGUGCUGCGCUGGGACGCCUGCUCACACUGUGUACCAUCCAUCCGUCUCUCAUUAAACUCUCCUUCAUUUCAAACUUUCUCUUAUCCCUGAUCUUCACCAUCUUUGCUUCUGUUUCUGCUUCCCCUUCUUUUAUCAGUUUUCCUAUUCCUUUCCCUUAUUCUUUCUCCUCCCCAUUUUGAAACUUCCCUUUACUUUUGCUUCCUUCCCCACUUCGUCUUCCACUCCUUAUUUUCUUUUCCUUCCUCAUCCUCUGUCCUUCACCUUCCUCUCCCUUUCUGCUCUUCUCCUUUAUCUUCUUCUUGAUUGUCUUUUCUUCCUCCACCUCCAUAUUCUCCUUUCUCCUAUCUAAUCUUUUUUAGUUUUCGCUUUCACAAUUUCCCAUCCUAUUCCUCCAUUUUCCUUUCUCUGCUCUUGCCUUCUCCUUUAUCUUCUUAAUUACCCCUCCUUCCUCCUCCUCUAUCUUCUCCAUUGUUCUCCUCUUAUCUAAGGUUUUUUCUUGUUUUCCUCCUCCUUCCACUAUUUUCCUUCCCCUUCCUCCCCCUUUUCCUCAUCCCAUCUCUUGUCUGUUCUUUCUGCUUUUCUCCAUCACCCAUCUCCUUUAUUUUCUCUUCCCUUCCGCCUUUCUUCUGUUACUUCCUUCCUCCUCCCUUCACAUGUAUAUCCUUGUUUCUUCCUCUUCUUUUCUCCAUUCUCUACUCUACUCUACAGUAGAGUACUCAACUCUUCUCUUCUCUACUCUACUCUACAGUAGAGUACUGUACUCUACUCUAGA